UAUCAGUCAGCUGACUGUCAUGUGAUUGUUAUGAUCUGUCAGUGAGAAGAUCAGUUGUUUUCUCCUUUUGGCUGUUAAAGCUCAAUAUUCCAGCACUCCGUGAUGGCCGGCCGCGGGAAACUGAUCGCUGUUAUUGGUGACGAGGACACGUGCACCGGCUUCCUGCUCGGUGGGAUCGGUGAACUCAACAAGAAUCGAAAACCGAAUUUCUUAGUGGUGGAGAAGGACACAAGCAUCACGGAGAUCGAGGAGACCUUCAAGAGCUUCCUGGCGCGUAUUGACAUCGGCAUCAUCCUGAUUAACCAGUUCAUCGCAGAGAUGAUCCGUCACGCCAUCGACGCGCACAUGCAGUCGAUCCCGGCCGUGCUGGAGAUCCCGUCCAAAGAGCAUCCGUACGACGCGUCCAAGGACUCCAUCCUGCGCCGAGCCAAGGGCAUGUUCUCCGCCGACGACUUCCGAUAAACAACUGUCAACACACACAUAAUACAAGUGUCCCUGAUGGGAAGGUGGCGUAUCUGUGUCAACAAACCAAUAUACUGAUUUGUUCAUUCCUCCUCGUGUGUUGUUUCUGUGGCUUGUAAACGAGUCUGUGUUAAAACUGGACAUUUAGUUGAUAUUCUUAGUAACAAAGCGUUUUCAGGAAGCGGAAGUGUGACCCGGUCUCACGGUUUUUAGACAAACUGGUGAUAAAUUUAAAGUUUUCCUGUCUGUCAGCUGAAAUUAUCUGUGAUGGAAACGGAGGCUUGUGUUUGUCUGCAUUUGUUCCUGAUACAUUGCUUGUAAAUGAUUACAGAUGUUAAAUAAAUUAUCUUGUUGGUCAUGUC